AUGGGUCUCGCAUCAAAGCUAGCUGCUGCCAACGCCGCAGGCGGCGCUCCCGGAGGAGCCCCCGGAGGUUACGGUGCUCCCCCCGGCGGCCAGUACGGCGCUCCCGCCGGUGCUCCUCCUCCUCCUGGCGGCGCCGGUCAGUACGGCGCCCCUCCUCCUCCCGGAGGACAGUACGGUGCUCCCCCCGGCGCCCCUCCUGUUCCUGGUCAGAGGCCCGGACAGCAGGGUGGCCAGUAUGGCCAGCAGCCCGGUCAGCAGCAGUACGGCGCUCCUGGCCAGCAGCAGGGCCAGUACGGCCAGCCUGGACAGCAGCACGGACAGCAGGGCCAGUACGGACAGCCUCCCGCAUACGGCCAGCAACCUGGCCAGCAGGGCCAGUACGGACAACAGGGACAGCAGGGACAGUACGGCCAGCAGCCUGGUCAGCAGGGACAGUACGGGCAGCCCGGCCAGCAGGGACAGUAUGGCCAGCCUGGUCAGCAGCCCGGACAGUACGGACAGCCCGGCCAGCAGCCUGGUCAGUACGGCCAGCCCGGUCAGCAGCCCUACGGUGCCCCUGGCCAGCAGCCCGGUCAGUACGGUCAGCAGCAGGGCCAGUACGGCCAGCCUGGCCAGCAGCCUGGCGGCUUCGGCGCCGCCGGUGGUGCUCCCGCUCCCGGUGGUGGCCCCAGCGCCCAGGUUCUUCUCCAGCAGCUCCAGACCUGUGUCCAGGACCAGAAAAUCCAGGCCUUUUACCCGCCCGGCUCGCUCGAGCAGGUCGCCCAGCGUGUCGCGGCUUCUGGCGCUCUCCCCAAGAUCGCUCAGGAGUGGCGCAUGCCCCUCGAGCUUGCCACUGAGCUUGUCAAGCUUGCGCUUUUCGAUGUCAUCCUCUACGUCGAUGACUCCGGCUCGAUGCAAUUCGAGGAGAACGGCGAGCGCAUUGACGACCUGAAGCUCCGUGUCGCAUACGCGACUUCGCUCUUCGACCACGACGGUAUCCAGGUCCGCUUCAUGAACUCGAACGUUCAGGGCAACAACAUCACGAACGAGCAGCAGGCCAUGCAGCUCCUGCAGCAGGUCAAGUUCUCUGGUCUCACCCCUCUCGGCACCAACCUCAUGAACAAGGUCAUCCAGCCCCUCGUGCUCAACCCCGCCCGCUCCGGCCAGCUCCAGAAGCCCGUCGUCGUCAUCACCAUCACCGACGGAACCCCCGCCGGCGAGAACAAGGACGAGAUCUUCAACGUUAUCCUCCGCACUGACCACGAGCUGCGCAACUCGAGAUACGGUAGCGACGCCAUCUCGUACCAGUUCGCCCAGGUCGGCAACGACCAGAAGGCGCAGGCCUUCCUCGAGACGCUCGACAACCAUCCGCAGGUCGGCAACCUCGUCGACUGCACCUCCAACUACGAGGCGGAGCAGGCCGAGAUGAUGCGCAAGUCGCGCAUCGACCUGACCCCCGAGCUCUGGCUGCUCAAGCUUCUCAUGGGCCCCAUCGACUCGUCCUACGACACCAAGGACGAGUAA